CUGGGUUGGGCUGGGUUAUAAGGGUUUUUUUUUAAAGCUCAGGUUGGGUCUUGUUUGGGUUUGCCAGGUUUUCAACUCGAGUAAUUUGACCCAACCCUCGCUAUUAAUAGUUUAAGAAAAUAAAUGCAUUUUAAAUUUGAUUGAUUUUGGAUGUUAAGAGUCAGUUUAAAUUUGUUAGUUUGAUUCAUUUUGUUAUUUUGAGACAUAUUUUUGAUGAAAUUGAAAUUUCAGGCUCAAUUGUGUAAAUUGCAAUUAGUUUUUGAAUAAUCUGACUAAAUAGUUGAAUGGAAGCACAUGCCUUGAUAUGUUUUGAGUUUUCAAGGUGGAAGAAAGUAUUGUAUUGGGCCUAUUGGCCAUUUGAAAAAUCAGCAUAAUUGUCCAAAGCUCCUACUGUAACUUUCUAGAGACAGUUGACAUGGGCCUAAUAAGUGCUGUGGGUGCAAGAUCCUUUUUACUCGUUCUCCAUAUUGCUUUGGAAUAUUGGGGGCGUGUAAGAUGGGAUGAGGAUAAUUUGGGGGAAAUUGAAGCAAAUAAACCUGUGAGGCAGAAAAUCACUGAACCCAAGACACCAUAUCACCCUAUGAUUGAUGAUGAUGAAUCUAUGUCACCUAUGCGGGGUAGCUUUGAUGAAUGUGUUGGUGACGCUAUAAAUGCGGAAGCAAUACGCACUGCUUUGACUGACGUGGCUUCUUCAAGUAAAAUCGACGGCCAGAAAUCAGGUGGCUGGACAUCAUCUGAGGACGAGGCAGAGGCAGAGGCUGCAGGACAGGAUGAUGAAGAUUCUGAGAGCGAUAGGAGUAUGAGUUUUAGGGAGCACAGAAAAGCUCAUUAUGAUGAAUUUCUGAAAGUAAAAGAACUCCGGCGUAAAGGAUCACUUAUUGAGGAUGAAGUUGAUAAGGACAAUGAAGGUCAUGUAGAAAAGGACAGGAAAUGUGAUUCAUCUUCAUCAUUAACUGCUGGUGUGAAGGAAAUAGACAUUGAUAAACAAGGUACUGAAAUUUUGCUGAAAUCUUCUGCGCCUCCAGCUAAUGCAGCUUAGACCAAGCCAAUCAAGGAUUAAUAAAACUGACAAUUAUGUUUACAUUUCAUUUGUGUUGUGGUUUUUUUGGUAAGAACUUAUAUCACUGCUACGUUUGCCAAUGCUAUUUGUGUUUAAAUGUAUCUCUUCCAUUAUGACAUGGUUGUGCAACUAGACGAUGUUCCUCAAACCAUCAUAAACUUUUUACUCAACAAUUAGCAAUUGUCAUAUUUUGUUAGUAA